GUUUCAGCGUGCGUUGAAAAGUCGAUCCAACGCCAUGUGAUCUAAGAGUAGAGUGUACGGAAACAUUUUCAGGUGAAUAUCAGGCGGUCCCCAUGCCGAAGAGGGCCGUUACUCCACCUGGGGGAAAGAAGGGACAUCACGUCGACCAAGCUGCAGCUGCAUCUACACCUGGCGGAGGGAGCAAAGCUGCGGAGACGGAACACGGCAGUCCCAGGCCUUCGUCUCCUUUCCCCGCCAUAUCUCUGAGAAGAACGAGGUUUUCCAGCGUCCCCCUGGUGCAACUGAAGCAUGCAGACACAGAGGAGAUUACAUUCCCCGCUUCUGUGGAACUUCCCAGAAGACAUGUCACAUUCUACUCUGAUGUGGAUAGCGAUUCUUCCUUAUCUGGGGGAGGUUUGUGUUCGAUGUCGGAUACUAUGGAGAGCUUCAAAGAGUUGGGGGCAAGUCCGUCAACUCAGCCAAGCGUUCGAAUCAAACAUCUUACCAGGCUGCAGCAACCAUCCACUGAAAAUGAUGAUGACCGUGAUUACCGUCAUCUGAUCUCUUUAACUCGCCUUUAUUGCAAAGUGGGCCUUUUUCAUGAAAUCGAAGUUUCUUUUUCCAAAUAUUCUGCCAUAGAAAUAAGUAGUUACUGUUACUGGAAUUACAAGCAGCUAACUGCAUUUUGUAGAGAUGAAGACAACAAUAAGAUUUUGGGAGAUGUAGCUCGUACAUUGGAUAAAA